UAAAACAAUUCUCUAUUUUUUCACAUCUUAAUUGCUCAUUAAGGAUACUCUGAAAUGUAGUAAUUGACGUUGAUUUGUAUAGUUAUAUAGAAUGUUGACAAUUUGAAUAUAUAAUAAUGUACAAGUCCGUGAUUCUCUAAAUAAAUAUCCUGGUGCUCAAACUUUGAGCAACCUUUGACAAGAAACUAUAGAGGGAUAUGGCGGUUGGCGAGGAAAACGGCGGCGGAGUACGGAGGAGAGGAUGCACCUUCCAAAAAAACGACUUCUUCCCGGAGGAGUCGUUUAAAAGUUGGGGAAAUUAUGGAAGAUCGGUGAUGGAGACACCAUUCCGAUUGAAAGAUCGUGUGUUGAAACGAUCCAGUGAUCAUUCGGAGUUAUUCGAAGUUAAGGCUCGGAGUGGUAAUGAGAUGAAGAAGACGUUGAAUUGGUGGGACUUGAUAUGGUUCGGCAUCGGUGCUGUCGUCGGUUCCGGAAUAUUUGUGCUUACCGGACUUGAGGCUAGGCAGGAAGCAGGUCCGGCAGUUGUCUUGUCGUUUGUCGUCUCUGGUAUCUCCGCUUUGUUAUCGGUCUUCUGUUAUACAGAGUUCGCCGUCGAAAUACCCGUUGCAGGUGGAUCAUUUGCAUACUUAAGGGUAGAAUUGGGGGACUUUGUGGCAUUUAUAGCAGCUGGAAAUAUCCUUCUUGAGUAUGUUAUAGGAAAUGCAGCGGUAGCUCGAUCAUGGACAUCUUAUUUUGCCACACUCUGCAACAGAGCUCCUGAAGACUUUCGUAUAAUAGUCCAUAGCAUGAACCCUGACUAUGGCCAUCUUGACCCCAUUGCUGUUGUUGCCCUCAUUGUCAUCACUGCCCUUGCUGUCUACAGCACCAAAGGCUCUUCUAUUUUCAACUACGUUGCUACUAUCUUUCACAUGUUUGUCAUUGUCUUCAUUAUUAUUGCUGGUCUCAUCAAAGCCAAACCCGAAAACUACUCUCCAUUUACUCCUUUUGGUGUUCAUGGUAUGAUUGACGCUUCUGCUGUUCUUUUCUUUGCUUAUGUUGGCUUUGAUGCUGUUUCAACUAUGGCUGAGGAAACCAAGAAUCCUGGCAGAGACAUUCCUAUUGGUCUUGUUGGAUCUAUGUUGAUUACCACCAUAUUAUAUUGCUUACUAGCUACAACACUUUGUCUCAUGCAGAAUUAUAAAGAUAUAGAUGUUAAUGCACCUUUUUCUGUUGCUUUUAGUGCUGUUGGAAUGGAUUGGGCUAAGUACAUUGUUUCAUUAGGUGCUUUGAAAGGAAUGACAACUGUAUUGUUGGUUGGUGCUGUUGGUCAAGCUCGUUAUUUAACUCACAUUGCACGUACUCACAUGAUGCCACCUUGGUUUGCUCUUGUUGAUCAUAGAACUGGGACACCUAUGAAUGCUACUAUCUCAAUGCUUGUAACUUCUGGUGUUGUUGCUUUUUUCACUGAUCUUGCUAUUCUCUCUAACCUUUUGUCAAUUUCCACCUUAUUUAUAUUUUCCCUUGUGGCCUUAGCACUUUUAGUAAGGCGUUAUUAUUCAAGUGGAGUAACUACAAAAGGGGAUCAACGCAAUUUCAUUUUGGGUCUUGUGUUGAUUAUUGGCUCUUCAAUUGGAAUUUCAGCUUAUUGGAAUAAUAGUACUCAUGGCUGGAUUGGUUAUUUAGUUUUUGUUCCACUGUGGAUUUUAGGGACGGGUGGUAUUUGGCUUUUUGUACCAAUGGCAAAGAAGCCUACAAUUUGGGGAGUUCCUUUGGUUCCUUGGCUACCUUCUUUGUCUAUUGCUAUUAACAUAUUUCUUCUUGGCUCUAUUGAUAAAGAUUCAUAUAUAAGAUUUGCAGUUUGGACAGGAUUGCUCUUGGUUUAUUAUAUACUCUUGGGAUUACAUGCUUCAUAUGACACGGCAAAAGAGUUUGACCAGGCUCAAAAUACUGCUCCUAAGGAAGUUCAGAAGCAAUGGAACAAUGUGGAACAGGGAGUGUAGGACUAAAUAUUGCAACAGAUUCCAAUUCAUAUGUUGCACAAGCUAGCUAAAAUAUUUCUAUGUUUUUUAUUUUUUCCAAAGAAUGCUGUUUGUUUAGUUUGGUAAGAUCGAUCACAAUGUGUUGUUCUACAAGUAAUUUAGUGUUCGGACAUGUCUUUUCUAGUCAACUACUAGCAAAAUAUUUGUUCGUUCCUGCGGGUAAAAUUGUGAAUAUGUUUGAAAUAUAACUAUAUCUUAAUUCGCGCGUUGCGUCGGUA